CAACUUUAAGCCCCAUUCUUCUAAAAUGGCCUUUUGAUUUUUACAGUAAUACAGUAUAUAUUUGAGUAAAGAUCAUGUUUAUAGAUCUAUUCACCGUAUAAACGGUUAUGUCCCUCAGUGUUGGGAAUGUAAUAGGAAACCAACAUGAGAAGAUAAGUCCAGAAAACAUCACCCGGAUUCUGGACCAGCUUCUUGAGGGCUACGACAACCGACUGAGGCCGGGAUCAGGAAGUUCUGUCACUGAAGUCAAAACGGAUAUAUUUGUCACCAGUUUCGGACCCGUGUCAGAUGUCGAAAUGGAGUUCACCAUGGAUAUGUUUUUCCGUCAAAUGUGGGUGGACAAGAGGCUGGCGUUCGACGGUCCCAUCGAGAUCCUGCGCUUAAACAACCGCAUGGUGGACAAGAUUUGGACUCCAGACACUUAUUUCCACAACUCGAAGAAAUCACUGGCUCACAACAUGACAACGCCUAACAAGCUGUUCCGCAUCAUGCAGAACGGCACCGUGUUCUACACCAUGAGGCUGACUGUGAGUGCAGAGUGUCCCAUGAUGCUGAUGGACUUUCCCAUGGAUAGUCAUAUUUGUCCUCUCAGCUUCGGAAGCUAUGCUUACACCAGCAGUGAGAUUGUUUACACGUGGAGGAAAGGAUUAGAGAAGUCUGUGGUCAUCCCUCCAGAGUCCUCCAACUUACUGCAGUAUGACCUCAUCGGACAGACGCUCUUCAACAAAAUGUCGAUAAUCAAUACUGGCCAAUAUUCUGUCAAGAUGGUUCAUUUCUUCCUCCAGAGGAAGCUCGGCUAUCAUCUGAUCCAAACGUAUAUCCCCCUCAUCAUGGUGGUUGUCCUGUCCCAAGUGUCCUUCUGGAUCAACAAGGAGUCCGUGCCUGCUCGCACCGUGGCUGGAGUCACCACCGUCCUCACCAUGACCACACUGAGCAUCAGCGCACGCUCUUCCCUGCCCAAAGUGGCCUAUGCCACAGCUAUGGACUGGUUCAUUGCAGUCUGCUUCGCCUUCGUGGCCUCGGCCCUGGUCGAGUUCGCCGCCGUCAACUACUUCGCUACGCUGGAAGCCAACAAGAUGAGACGUCGACUCUCGAGAGCUUCUGUGCUGGAGUACAUCGCGGAGGGGAGCGACGAUGAAGAUGAGUCGACGAUAUCUGACACAAGCACCGGAGAGCGACAAAGAAGGAGGAUGAACUCAGUUUCAGAAGCCCCCAAAAUGCGCCUGCCCAUCUUCCUGCAGCAGGGUUCAGCCAUCCCGCCCAACGUUACGCUGGCUGGCCCCAGUGUCAUUGACCAGUAUGCUCGCGUGCUCUUCCCACUCACAUUCGCCCUCUUUAACAUCUUCUAUUGGUACAUCUACCUCAGCAAGGAUACCGUGGAGAAAUUGAGGUGUGUAUUCAUUAAGGGUAUAUCAUAAUGCCAAUAUCUGUAUCUAGAUCUGUUUAGUGCUCCAAAUAUCUGUGUAUUUUAUAUAUUUGGAUUUGAACUGGUGGUCUAGACUAUAUAUCCCUAUAUAUGAGGUUAUAACUGAUCUCAGCCAGGUGCCCUGUGGAACUAUCUGGAAAGCUAUCAAUCUAAUAUGACUUAAUAAGUAAGCUCAAUAUGUUUCAAAACAACGAUGUCUUUCCCAGAUUCAGGGAACUGUAGUUUAUAGUUGACAACAAUAUUUGAACAAUAUUUGGGGUUGGUUCCAUUCCAGAAAG